AAGCAAAAGACCUUCCAGAAAUGCCAAAUGAAUUAUUAAAGUAUAUUAGCUCCUUCCGAAUGAAAACAACAAAAGAUUUGCGCAUAGCACUUGAUGUACGACAAGAUUGGGAAGGCAGAAAUUUUGAUAGAAUAAAACAUUUUGAUUUUGACUGGGUGAAGAAUAGUAUAUACAAUUUGUUAUUAGAAUUUGAAUCCGAUACAUUGCAACAAAAACAUUUGGAAGCAUGGCAUAAUGUUCAUAUAUGGUCAUUUAUCGAUAGAUGUUUUAAUGAAUUGAGAGGAAUAGAUAUUGCAAGAGGUGAAUCAUGUAGCAUUGCUUCUUCAAAACGCAAAAAUAGUAAGCGGGUAAUUCAAGGAGUCGUUAAAACAACUAAAAAAGCAAUUGGAAGAAAAGGUGAUUUAAUUUUAAGAAAAGGAUCGCAUGAAUAUGUAGCUUCUGAAGUAGGAAAGGAUUAUGAAGGGGACAAUGGAACAAAACUGCUUAAAGAAAGAGGGUUAAAAAGUCCGAAAAUGCUUAAAGAUAUGAUAGUAGACUUGGGCAAUUUUGUAGAAUGGAAAACAAAUACGUUGCGUCAAUUUGAGCUAAUUAGUUUCAUUCAUGCUGGUUUCUAUAUGAUUUUAUUGCGCAUGGAUGUUCCUGCCGGAUAUACUUGCAGAAUUACAAGGUCAGAUACCUUACAAUUACCAACCAAUAUUAACCGAUUUGAAAAGGCUCUUAAAUGUUUGGUUUUGGCAUGGAAAGCUAAGAUAAUCAUUCGUAAAACGAUUAAUGUUGUUGAAAAAACAUGUGAUGAUGAUUUGUUGGAAGAUUUACAAGAAGCUGGUGCCCGUAAGCAAAAAGAUUUGACCAUUGUUCCUAACUGUGUUAUGACACCACAGAAAAA